UUCCACAGAGGAAGCCAAUCAAUGGUUGAAGGAGACCCUGGAAGGGGUGAGGGGACCCCAUUCUUCCCCUGCUUUGGAAAAUAUCCCAUAGUCCUUUGCAUGGCUCCACCCACUCCCAAUAGCCCCUGCCCCAUGAGGUCUAGUCCACUUCUCAGUGGGAGAGGACUCUGUGGACAACAUGAGCCUUACCACCCACCCUAAACCACCCCACCACAGUGGACCCCCUAACACCUCUCCCUUUCUUUCAUCCCCAGUCUCCCACCGGCAGAGCAGGACUAAACUUUCCAGGCUAAGUUAAACGGAUGGUCCCUGUUAGCCUGGUGACGGCCUCCUGCUUCCCCACCAACACCCCCUGUCAAAGGAGGCACGUCUGUGUGUGGGGGAGGCAGGUGAACAAGAGCAUUUGGGUGGGGGUUGGAGGUCCCCUGCUCUAAGAGCAGGCAUGGUGCCACCGGGGAAGAAACCAGCUGGAGAGGCCUCCAACUCCAACAAGAAGUGCAAGCGUUACUUCAACGAGCACUGGAAACAGGAGUUUCCCUGGCUGGACUUUGACUAUGAGCGGAAGCUGAUGUUUUGCCUCGAGUGCCGCCAGGCCCUGGUGCGGAACAAGCACGGCAAGGCCGAGAAUGCCUUCACCGUGGGCACCGACAACUUCCAGCGCCAUGCUCUGCUGCGCCAUGUCACCUCGGGAGCCCACCGCCAGGCUCUGGCUGCCAACCAGGGCCAGCCUCAGGGAGGAGGGAUCUGCCCAGGCUUGGAUGCCAUCCCCCACUCCAGGGGUGUCAAGGUGGAGGUGGAUCCAGCUAAAGUGGCCGUGCUGACCACCGUGUACUGCAUGGCCAAGGAGGACCUGCCUGAUGACCGCUGCUCUGCCCUGCUUGAGCUGCAGAAGUUCAACCUGUGCCAGGCGCUGCUGGGCACAGAGCACGGCGAUUACUACAGCCCCCAGAGGGUGAGGGACAUGCAGGUGGCCAUUGCCAGUGUCUUGCAGACAGAGACUUGCCAGCGCCUGAAGGCAUCCCCGUAUGUGGGGCUGGUGUUGGACGAGACCAAGGACUGGCCUGAGUCCCACAGUCUGGCCCUGUUUGCCACUUCUGUGUCCCCCUGCGAUGGCCAGCCUACCACCACCUUCCUGGGCAGUGUGGAGCUACAGGAGGGUGAGGCCAUGGCUGGCCAGCUCCUUGACAUCCUGCAGGCCUUCGGUGUAUCUGCACCUAAGCUGGCCUGGCUCAGCUCCAGCCUUCCCAGUGAUCGCCUGGGGCCUGUGGGUCCACAGCUCCGCGCCGCCUGCCCACUGCUCAUGGAGCUGCACUGCCUCCCUGGCCGGACAGAUCCUGAGCCCCCUGCCUACCUGGGUGAAUAUGAGAGCAUACUGGAUGCCCUGUUCCGCCUCCACAGUGGCCCUAGUUUCCACAUGGUCCCCGAGCUCAGGGCAGCACUGGAACUAGCAGCUAUUGACUUGGCCGUGCCUCGGCCAGUACCCUGGGCCUCUCUGCUGCCUGUGGUGGAAGCAGUGGCUGACGCCUGGCCUUGCCUGGUGCUCGCCCUGGAGGCUGCUGCCUCAGCCUCGCCCAUGGCUGGGGUCCUGGCCCUAGCUCUGCGCCAGUUCACCUUUGUCGCCUUCACUCACCUGCUGCUGGACGCUCUGCCCUCGGUGCAGAAGCUGGCCCUUGUCGUGCAGCCAGAAGAGCCAGACUUGGCUUUGCUGCAACCCCUGGUGAUGACGGCUGCGGCCUCUCUGCAAGCUCAACACCGCUCAGGUGGGGCCCGACUCCAGGGCUUCCUGAAGGAACUGGAAUCUUCAGAUCCCAACUGCUGCACCUACCGCGGUGUGGAGCUGAUUGGCUACUCUGAGGCUGCGGUCCGGGGCUUGGAGCGGCUCCGGGGGGCUUUCCUGGACUCCAUGAGAAGGGGGCUGCGGGACUCCUAUCCCGGGCCCUCGCUGGACGCAGUGGCCGCCUUCGGCUCGCUCUUCGACCCCCGCCGCUACCCGCAGGCGCCAGAGGAACUCGACGUACAUGGCGAGGGGGCGCUACGGGUGCUGCUGCGCGGGUUCGCACCAGCUGUGGUGCGCCAGCGCGCGCUGGGCGACUUCGAGCUCUUCAAGCGCGUGGUGUGCAGCCUAGGGCGGCUGGGCCCGAGGGCCCUGUGUGCCAAGUUGGCGUGCGAGCACUCCGAGCUGCACGAACUCUUCCCCGAUUUUGCCACCCUCGCCGCCUUGGCUUUGGCGCUGCCAGCAGGCGCGGGCCUCCUGGACAAAGUCCGACGCAGUCGGGAUCUGCGGUGGUGGGGACAGGGCAGGGCAGGGGAAGGCAGGGGGGGCCACGUGGUGAAGAUUGCUGUGGAUGGGCCCCCGAUGCAUGAGUUCGACUUUGCGCUGGCAGUGGAGUUCUUAGAGAGUGGGUGGCGAGAGCGGCUCCUGGGAUCACAGCUCACCUGAGAGUGGCCUCCUUUUGCCAAAGCCAACCUGGGCCCUGGCCUCCCCAAGGGCCAAAUGGGACUCUACCGUGCUGCUCCCAUGCUGGCCUAACUGUGGCCUCUCUGGGGUCUGAGGCUUCCCAUUGGCUUUCCUCUGCUUCCUCUGCUCUUUCCUGAGCUCUAACCAGCCCCCUUAGCUGGGGAGGAAAGGCCUGAGUGAGUGGACAGGGAUGCUGGUGUUCCACCCCUAAAUCGCUUCUGCCUUCUCUAAGUUUGGUGAGGAGUUGUUAGUCCCUUUCCCUUCUGGAUUUGGGCCUAGUUUGGGCCCUAGCAAAGUUGGGGAGACUUGUUGAGAGUGAUGGAAGACUGGGUCUUGAGAAGGAUUGGUCUCAUCUGGAGAGCAGAUGACCACACUUUUUCUUUUAGACACACAAUGUAGCACUCUCUCUGUGCACAAGCUCCCCGUACAUGGGGCUGGUGUUGGACAAGUGUUCAAGGGCACAGUGGCUCAA